AAAAUUGUCAAGAUUAAUAGAAGCACAAUAAUAUUUCGUAAACAAAAAGGAAGAAAGUUGGGGCGAAAGAAAAGGAGAAGAAAGUGUUGGUCAUUAUUGUAGUUUAUGGUUUGAGUUAACUCGGGUUUUCUAUGGCUCGGCGACAUGGGUGGCAACUACCGGCUCACUCGUUUCAGGUUGUGGCUAUAACAGUUUUCUUCCUGCUAUCUGUUGCCUUCUAUGCAUUUUUUGCUCCAUUUCUAGGAAAAGACAUCUUUGAGUACAUAGCAAUUGGUGUUUAUUCCUUCUUGGCUCUGUGUGUGUUCACGCUCUAUGUCAGAUGCACAGCAAUUGAUCCUGCUGAUCCUGGGAUUCUCAUUGAAGCUGAGAAGUCAACAGCCUAUCAGUCACACAAUGAAAGAGAGUUUCCUGGUGAUAUAUCUGCUGCUGAGGGUCCCAACAAGGAAGGGUUUCGAGAUGGAGGAACGUCUGCAAGGGAUGCUUCAGGUUGCUGUGGAAAACUUGGAGGGGUCCUCUGUUGUUGUUUUUUCAUUGAAGACUGUCGGAAGGAUGAUCAAUUGCUGCAGCAGAGUGGAGAUGAAGAAGCUUUGUUCUGCACAUUGUGUAAUGCUGAGGUUCGAAAGUUUAGCAAACACUGUAGAAGUUGUGACAAAUGUGUUGAUGGAUUUGAUCAUCACUGCCGUUGGUUGAAUAACUGUGUGGGAAGGAAAAACUAUAUCACGUUUGUGUGCCUGAUGGCUUCCAGCCUUGUCUGGCUUGUCUUUGAAUGCGGAGUGGGCAUUGCAGUCCUAGUUAGAUGCUUUGUCGAUAAGAAAGCUACAGAAAAUCAGAUAACAGAAAGGCUCGGAGAAGGAUUCUCUAGACCUCCUUUUGCUAUCGUAGUGGCCCUAUGUACUGCUGUAUCUUUCCUUGCAACCGUGCCUUUAAGUGAAUUGCUCUUUUUCCACCUUAUUCUCAUUCGUAAGGGUAUUACAACAUACGAGUAUGUUGUUGCGAUGAGAUCUCAAAGCGAGCCGCCUGGACCCUCUGUAGACGGAGGUGAUCAGCAGAGUUUGCCAUCAUCACCGACCAGUUCUGCAGUGACUGCCAUCAGUGGGAGAAGUUCUGUUGGGAUGAGCUUGCAACAUAAAGGUGCUUGGUGUACUCCUCCAAGAAUCUUCAUGGACCAUCAGGAUGAAAUUAUUCCUCACCUUGAGCCUGGGCGAUUGCCAUCAACUAUUGAUCCUGACGCAGUAGAUAAGGACAAAAAGCUAUCCCAUCGUCCAGUCCGAAUUAGUGCAUGGAAGCUUGCGAAACUAGAUUCUAAUGAAGCAAUCAAGGCUGGUGCCAAGGCUAGAGCUUCGUCAUCUGUUCUACGUCCAGUUGGCGCCAAGCAUCAUCCUUACGAUGCUGAUCAUUUGUCCAGUGGCAUGAGUGGUAGAAGCAGUCCGGCAAGUACUAAUCACGGAUUUUAUGACAGUAAUAAUGCUAGAGCUGGGACAUCUAGGUUGUCUCCUUCCAAGAGCUCGUAUCCGCCCAGCCGUGCCAGCAGGGAAGAUAUUGAAACAUGUGGUCACAGCAUGAGUAACUUAAGCAGUCCUCUUGCCACUAACCUAACCCCUUCUCCAUUAGCGCUGCAGCAUCACGUUUCCAAUAGAGACCACUUCAAUCCAAUAUAUCAGUCAUCUGCAGAUCAGUCUCCUUGGUCAGCAAAGGCAUGCCACGAGAACGAAACUCCUACCCCCGACAAUUUAUCAGGAGUAACCACAAGGAAGAACAACACGGGCACUACAGAGAAUACAAAGUCAUCAGUAUUUUGGGAUCAAGAAGCCGGGCGAUUUGUUACUGCUAAUACCAGGGGUGCCGGUUCUACUUCCCAAGUAUCUGGAACAGAGCUUACAUACACAGGUCAAUCUAUAUUUUUCGGAGGGCCUUUACUGAACGAGAACGUGAACAGAGGGGGAAGAAGUGGUGGUACACUGUCUUCUGCUGGUCCUCAGCGAAGUUACUAUCAGGGUAGGACACAAAGGGGUGGUCAGCUUCCUGUAUUUGUUCCCAGUGAUCCCCAGCAAAAUCAAUUUUCUUCACGAUUACCUCGAGACUAGAAUUGGAUUACUUGUUUAUUUUAUGAAAAUACAGUUAGGUGUCCAUUUUCAGCUUCUCAA